AUGAAGUUGCCAAGUCUCCUCAUUGCCAUCUCAUCCUUCUUUGCUAUUGCACCCCGUGGUACUCAUGCUCGCCUCCAUGACACUGACAUUGCACACUACCGUGAUCUUAGUACUUGCGACUGCGCAUACUUGGCACAGACAAGCAUCGUCGAUACUGCCUUUGGCACUUACAGCGGUAGCGUCGCAACGUUCGACGUCGAACUCAUCUAUGAAGGACUCAGGUUGUAUGGAACCCUCACCGAUACAUCCACUGGCAACAGCUGUACCGGAAAUGGUUUCAUCGACACGUAUUCCUUGGCAGAACUCAGGGCGCCCAUCACAAUCACAUCGGACACGGGGCUGGGUUGUGGAAGCACUGUGGACGCCAGGUUGCAAUUCGACGGCGCCAGCACCUUUUACGCAACCCUCGAAGUGACCAGUCUCUUUGCUACCUUUACCGUGAGUACCUCGGGAGACUGUUCCGAUGCCUGCGUGGGCGUGGGCGUUCCGACAGACAACCCGACGGCAGCUCCCUUUGUCGUACCCACCACUCUGGCGCCUUCGAGUGCCCCCGUCGUGUCCUCGCCCACGGUGGAAGAUACGCCUUGGCCGACCGAGUCGGGGGGCAAUGACAAUGACAAUGAUGAAGAGACACCCGCCCCCACGGAUGCCUGCUUUUCGGGAGAUGCAACCACCGUGGUCAAGGACAAGGGAGUUAUGAAAAUGAAAGACUUGCGAGUGGGGGACCAUGUAAUGACGGAUGAAUCGGGAGACUUUUCUCCAAUCUAUGCCUUUGGGCACUUCCAGCCGGAUCAAGCGUCCACGUUUCUUCAGCUACACACCGGCAACGACAAACCUAUUGAAAUUUCUGCGGAGCAUCUCAUUUUUCUGGCUGGUCAAGACAGUCCUGUCCGAGCGGAUGCUGUCCAGGUGGGAGAUUCCCUCCGAGGUAUACGUGCCAAUGGUCAAGAGCUACAAGUUUCCAGAAUCACCACUGUCAACAAGGAAGGAGUCUUUGCGCCAUUCACUCAAAGUGGAACACUGGUUGUGGAUGGAGCCGUGGCGUCCUCGUACAUUUCGUUGAAAGGAGCAUUAUCCACCACCGGAUUAUCAUUCCUCGAGAUCAAGACCAUGAAUCACCAUCAGAUUCACACCGUUUUGGCUCCUCUGCGCCUGUUUUGCAUGGGCACCAUCAUCACCCAUGACGUGCACAUGUGUAGUACCCUGAAUGAGGACGGGAUCUCUCACGCAGUUUCGGCUCUGACCAAUGCCACCGAGUGGGUCCAAUCUCAAGCCUUCUUGUGGAUUCAGAUUCCCAUGGUACUUGCCUAUGGCAUUCUCUUGGCUCUGUGCUUGGGUUUGGAGCUCUUGUUUGCUGCGCCCCUUGCCCCUCUUGCUGCGGUUGGAUGCAUUUCCUACUAUUGCUGCCGAUCGUACAUGUACUCUCGCGCAAUGAGUGGAAAAGUCAAGGCAGUUUAG